AUGAAUUCUUCGCGCGCCCAGAAAAUGUUGGAAUUAGCGGGUGUACAAGUCACUUCUAAUUGUCCAAAAAAAGAACAUAAGGUAGCAAAAGACAGCAAUUGCGCGUCUGUUCCUAAAAUUUUAAAUCCUGAGAUAAAUAAUGUUGAAGGAAAAAUAUCAUUCCCCAUAAGUUGUGAGCCUGUUCAACUUGUAGCCGAUUAUAGUUCUGAUGAAUCGGAAACCAAUGAAAUAUGUAGCAAAACUGCGACCGAAACAUCAAUUACUGAGCUGCCUGCUUCUAUUUAUGAUUUUGCACCUUCAGAUGAUAGUACUGAAUACUAUGAUUCAGAUAAAGACCCUGAGUUCGGAAUGGAUGAAUCAACCAAAAGUAGCUCUUCUGAGAGCGAUGCAGUUUCAUGUUCAUCCGAGGAUGUUGCCUUAGAGGACCCAUUGAACAAUGAAAAUUUAAAUUUAGAAUCCGACACCGAAAUCGAAAACCAGGAUCCUGAAAUUUCGGAAGAUCAUCCUAUGAACCAAGCAAAGCGCAUUAGUCUUAAGAACCAUUGUUACUUUUGUGAUACAAUGGUUUUACAGUUUUCUCGCCAUAUCGAGAGAAACCAUCCCGACGAAAUUGAGGUCCAGCGCAUAUUGUCUAAACCAAAGAACAGUCGCGAAAGGAAAGAACUUUUAGCAAAUUUGCGCAAAAAAGGCAAUUUCAUCAUAAAUUCUGAAGGCUGCAAAAGACCACAAAAGACAUCGGUACUUUUGAAUGAAGAAGAUUAUUUACCAUGCACAAAUUGUUAUGGAUUUUAUUCAAAAAAACAAUUGUGGAAACACAGAAAAGUUUGUGCAAAAAAUCUUAACAGCAAUUCAAAGACUGCUCAGUCCGAUGGUCAAAACUUUUUGACCAAACAAACAAAAGUUGAUGAGCGAUUAAGAAAUCAGGUUUUUCCGCGGAUGCGACCAGAUUCUGUUUCCCUUGUAGCCAAAAAGGAUGAACUGAUAUGUGCAUUUGGCUCUCGCUACAUAUCGGUACAUAGGGAAGCACAUUUCGUUAAUGUUGCAUCAAGAAAAAUGCGAGAGCUGGCAAAAAUACUAAUUGAAAUUAAAAAAUUGAACAAUAAUGUUCGAAAUUUGUUUCACUCUCUUCAACCAGCCAACUUUGACCUGUUUGUGCAAGCCACCAAAAUUGUUGCAAAUUACGACGAAACGAACCAAGUAUUCAAAUCCCCAACUUUGGCCUUGAAUAUUGCUACGACCCUUAAACAAUGCUGCGAAAUAGCUAUCGUAUUUGUCCUCAAAAGAAAAGAAUUUUAUUCGACAAUAGCAGCCGGUGAGGCGGAGGCAAAUUUAAAAACACUAAUAAAGCUGUUUGAAUCUCAUUGGAGAUAUGAAAUAAGCAGUCAGGCCGCUAAUGACUUAAGUAUUAAGAAGUGGAAUAAGAUAACACUUGUUCCGUUAUCGUCGGAUUUAAAUAUUCUAAAAAAAUAUUUAUUAGAAAAGGCAGUAGCCGCUAUUUCAAAAUUGCAAUCAACUAAUUUAAAUGCAGAAGCAUAUACGUCGUUGGUAGAAAUAAUAUUUUGCCAAGUAAUAAUAUUGAAUAGGCGAAGGCCUGGAGAGCUUGAAAGGAUGCCGCUAUUUUAUUACAAAUGCAGCGAAACAAAUUGUAAUGACCAAAAAUAUGAAGAGUUCGGCAAUAUUUUAACAGCCAGCGAAAAAAUUUUGGUUAAAAAAUUUAAGCGAGUAGUUAUAAGGGGAAAGCGUGGUAGAGGAGUACCUGUGUUGUUUAGCCCAGAAGUCCAAAAUCAUAUAGAUGUCAUGUUAAAACACAGGUCCAAUUUUAUUUCCGACGAUAAUCCUUACCUUUUUGGAAGGCCGGGAUACCAGACACCAAUUUGUGGAUAUAAAACUCUGAGUAAAAUAGUUUCAAGGAGCGGUGUCAAAAAUCCCCGAGCUAUCACUUCAACCAGGCUACGGAAGCAUUUAGCCACGAUUACUCAGGUGUUUAGCAUGACAGAGAAUGAUUUGGAACAACUUUCGACGUUUAUGGGCCACACAACGGAGGUACAUAAAAAGUCGUAUAGAUUGCCCAACGAUAUUUACCAAACGGCAAAAAUUACAAAGUUAUUACUUUUAAUGGAAAGUGGUAAUGGUGCCCAAUAUAAGGGAAAGUCCAUAGAUGAGAUUGAAGUAAAUUUGAAUGAAAAUUUAUUAAAUUUAAAUUCCGAGGAUUCAGAUAUGGAUAUAAAUGACCGGGUUCCUGUUACAAUUGAUAAUUCUCUUCCAUCAACCAGUACCCAAAGUUUUGUAUCUUCCGUUCCCGUAUCCGAACAUAAGGCAAAGAAAGCAAGGACACUAGUUCCUUGGACAAUGGAACAAAAAAAACUUGUAACUGAUUUUUUUAAAGACCAUAUUACAACUAAGAGACCUCCAAAGAAAAGAGAAUGUGAGCAGUUAAUACAAGAAAAUAAAAAAGUUUUAAGUAACAAGUCGUGGCUUAAGAUAAAAGUGUAUAUCCAAAAUUUAUAUUCAAAAAAACCGAACUAA